AUGGCACCUUUGACGAGCUCAUCACCAUUACUACACGCCAUGAGAGAUUCGAAUUUGGAUCUGUUCGAUCCCAGGACUGCUGUUAUGGACUCUUCUGACUAUACUAUCGAAGUCGGUCGUGGUGACGGCGACUUCGGUUUUGCCUUCAACGAUAGCAAUUUCUCCGAUCGUAUUCUGCGUAUAGAAAUCAUUUCAGAAUCCACAGAGGCUAGGCCUGAUGGCGAAGGUUGCACUAGUCUAGCCGAUUGGGCUAGAAAUCGGAAACGCCGGAGAGAAGAUAUCAAAAGAGAUAAUGCUUUCACAGCUCUAGACAUGGCUGCCGGUCCAGAGGAACAGAUUCUGAAUCAGCCUGAUAACAUUCCUGAUGAUGCAGACACUGAAAACCAGGACGAGGAGACAGCAGCAAUGAUCGAGGAACCACCAUCAGGAGAUGAAGGUGCAAACGACAAUGAUUCAAACUGGAGCAUGGAGUGCUCAACCGUUCUGAGAGUAAAAACUUUACAUAUCAGCUCCCCAAUUUUGGCUGCAAAAAGUCCAUUUUUUUACAAGCUCUUUUCUAAUGGGAUGAGGGAGUCAGAACAACGACAUGUAACUUUGCGAAUCAAUGCCUCUGAGGAAGCUGCACUUAUGGAACUACUCAACUUUAUGUACAGCAAUACUUUGACAGUAACAACUGCUCCCGCUUUGUUGGAUGUUUUAAUGGCUGCUGAUAAGUUUGAGGUGGCUUCAUGUAUGAGGUAUUGCAGCCGUUCACUCAGAAAUCUUCCUAUGACACCUGAAUCUGCUCUUCUCUACCUCGAUCUUCCAUCUAGUGUUCUAAUGGCUGAAGCGGUUCAGCCAUUGACCGAUGCAGCCAAACAGUUCCUUGCUGUUCGUUACAAAGACAUAACCAAGUUCCAAGACGAGGUUCUGAACCUACCUCUGGCGGGAGUGGAAGCGAUCCUAUCAAGCGACGAUCUCCAAGUGGCAUCAGAAGAUGCAGUUUACGAUUUUGUCCUCAAGUGGUCCCGCAUCCAAUACCCAAAAGUGGAAGAACGACGCGAAAUCCUGGCCACACGUCUGGCCCAAUUCAUCCGGUUCCCGUACAUGACGUGUCGAAAGCUACGUAAAGUGAUGGGCUGCAACGACUUCGACCACGAGUUUGCCCAGAAAGUGGUGGUGGAAGCCCUCUUCUUCAAAGCGGAAGCCCCGCACCGGCAACGGACCCUGGCCGCGGACGAAACCCCAAACCCCAACCGCCGCUUCGUGGAGCGCGCCUACAAGUACCGACCCGUGAAGGUGGUGGAGUUUGAGCUGCCACGUCAGCAGUGUGUGGUGUACCUGGACCUGAAAAGGGAAGAGUGCGGGAACCUGUUUCCUUCGGGGAGGGUUUACUCGCAGGCGUUCCAUCUAGGGGGGCAAGGGUUUUUCUUGUCGGCGCACUGUAACAUGGACCAGCAGAGCUCGUUUCAUUGUUUUGGUUUGUUUCUAGGGAUGCAGGAGAAGGGGUCGGUUACGUUUGCGGUGGAUUACGAGUUUGCUGCCCGGUCAAAGCCCACCGAGGAGUACAUCAGCAAAUACAAAGGGAAUUAUACCUUUACGGGCGGGAAGGCCGUCGGGUAUCGCAACCUGUUUGCCAUUCCCUGGACUUCCUUUAUGGCUGAGGAUUCUCUUUACUUCAUCAAUGGGAUUCUUCAUCUCAGAGCUGAGCUUACCAUCCGUCAUUGAAACUUGAAACCUGAAACCCACCUUUUCUUUCCUUUUAAGACCUACUAAUUAAAAUGUUCAACUCAAUCAAAAACCUCCUCUUCAGUGUCGGAGGGAAUGUAAAGUCGUUGCUACUUGGAUUUCAAUCUG